AUGCUCUCCCGCGUCGUCCUCCGCGCCCCGCGCGCCGCCCGCGCCGCCUCGUCGCUCUCGCUGAACGGCGUCUCGUCCGAAGUCCGCACGGACUGGAGCUACGACGAGGUCAAGGAGAUCUACAACAAGCCGCUGCUCGAGCUCAUCUACCAGGCCGCGACCGUCCACCGCAUCCACUUUGACCCGCGCGAGGUGCAGCAAUGCACGCUCCUCUCGAUCAAGACGGGCGGUUGCACCGAGGACUGCAAGUACUGCUCGCAGUCGUCCAAGCACAAGACGUUUGUCAAGCCCGAGCCGCGCAAGAAGGUCGACGAGGUGCUCGAGAUGGCCGCCCGUGCCAAGGCGGCCGGCAGCACGCGCUUCUGCAUGGGCUCGGCGUGGCGUGAGGUCGGCAAGAAGAACGCGUUCAAGGACGUGCUCACCAUGGUGCGCGAAGUCAACGGCAUGGGCAUGGAGGUGUGCUGCACGCUCGGCAUGAUCACGGAAGAGCAGGCCGUCCAGCUCAAGGAGGCCGGCCUCGCGGCCUACAACCACAACCUGGAUACGAGCCGUGAGCACUACCCUAACGUCAUCACGACGCGUACGUACGACGAUCGCCUCAACACGAUCGCCAACGUCCGCAAGGCCGGUAUCUCGGUCUGCUGCGGUGGUAUCCUCGGCAUUGGCGAGAAGGACGACGACCGCGUCGGUCUCUUGCACACGCUCGCCACGAUGGAAGAACACCCCGAGUCGGUGCCCGUCAACGCCCUCGUGUCGGUUCAAGGUACGCCGCUUGCGGACGCCAACUUAAAGGCGGUCACUGCCUUUGACAUGGCGCGCGCGAUCGCGACCGCCCGCAUCCUCAUGCCCAAGACCAUGGUGCGCCUCAGCGCGGGUCGCAUGUCGUUCUCGGACGCGGAGCAGGGUUUCCUCUUCAUGGCCGGUGCCAACUCGAUCUUCAACGGCGACACGCUCCUUACGACGUCCAACCCGGCGUUUGAGAAGGACAACCAGCUCUUCACCGACUUGGGUCUUGUCGGCAAGAAGUCGCACACGGCCAACAAGAAGACGCCGUACGUGGUCAAGGUCACGCACUCGGCGACCGAGCCCCAGGUCGCGUCCAUGUAA